AUGACUCGGCUUUCCGGUCUUUUAGAAGACGAUCUAGCUACCACUCGUCAGCUGGCUUGUCGUUCUUUGGACACCAUGUUCAGUCUACUCUACAAUGGUCUCGGCCAUAUAUUAGCUGCACACCCUGCCAAUUGGCUUGUGCCAGUUUCUAAGGUAGUAUCACCGUCGACUGUAGCCAUCAGUGCAAAAUCUGGUUCGUCUGUAUCAGGUGAAAGUGCUGAGUCUUUAAACUUCAAAGAUCACUUUGAGAAGACUGAGUUUAGUCGUCAGGUAGCCGAGUGUUGCCCUUUGCCUGGAGCUCUGGGCGAUCAGAUAUAUCGGUACUAUCCGAAUCUUUUGAAUCGCCUCGAUGAUGCUAAUGAUGAGGUACGUAUUUUGACCACAGAAGUGCUUAUUUCCUGGAACUACCUGAUGCUACGCCAGCUUACUGAACCCGCCUCCACAGACAUCAGUCAUUCCGCUGUCUCAGACCACUCAGGUUCUUUAACUGAAUCGGCCGUUGUAACAGCUGAAGCACCAAAAUCCUCUGAUAGUUUACCUUCCUCCGUACCUGUUCUGCGUCAACGUCGGGUGCGUAGUGUGCAUUCAGCAGUACUUGACGAUUUGAUUUCCAAAAUCGUUGUCCACCUUGAUGACCCUGAGGCAAAAAUUCGAGGAGCCGUUGCUCGUGUACUUCUUCGAUUAGGCAGACAUUUCUCAAAAAAGAGCGUUUUCCGAGCACUCUCCAAGGCUAGAGAAUGUCAUCGAUCCGUUGAUGUAUGUGAGGCCCUGGAAAAUCUGCUAAUUGCUUCCGCUUGA